AUGGAAGAGAAGCCUGAAGCUGCACCCACCCUCCAAAGCAUCCCAUUAAGUAAGCACAUGAGUUUCUUUAGUUGCCACAGACGAAAGAAAGUACUAGUUGAAAACGUCCAAAAGAAAUACUCAAGAGUGUACAGCAUGAGUGAGCAUUGGGGUGGAGUUGAGUUUCCAAGUAUAUUGCCUGAUGCCUUAUUAUUUGUUCUGUCAGUUUUUUUCAGGAAGAUCUUCAUCUUACAACUGGUAGGGCUGGUGCUAACCUACAAUUUCACUGACUGUGACUUUGAGAAGAUUAGAAAGAAGUAUCAGGAAGUCAUUUAUCAAGCCCUGAAUAAAUACAUGAAUGGGGUAACCUCUACCUAGAAAUUGGCACACAUUAAGUGUGCAGAUCAGCCAGAUUGCCUCGCUAAAAUCGACCUCAUUACCUUCUAUCCCACCCACGGCUGCACGACACUGGCCAAGGAAAUCUUUGCGAUAAGAACUAACGCUACGCUCACUCUCCAGUGCCCAGGCUACUCAGGAAUGCAGAUAAAUAAUACCCAGGCAAAGAAGAAAAGAAAGAAAAGACAAGUUACAACAAAUAAAUGCCUGGAACAAGUCUCACACUUAAUGGAAUUGUGGCGUCGAUUCAGUCGCAUUUCAUAG